AUCGAACGGCAGUCUGCAGUGUAGGUACGGUGAGCGUCGCGACGUCCGCGUCGCUGCUGCUUUUUCGCGGACGGUGGGCGUACCGUGGCGAUGUGCACGACAAUACAACCAUCCGUCUCUCACGCACCCUCGAAAACAGCCGUUUCUGUCGCCCUCUCGGCGCCCGAUCUGUGCCAAAUUUAAGCCCCUUCUAGCCCCACUGGAUACCUUUUCUACGCGACUUUUUUACAGAUAAUUAAGCAAAAUGCCUCAAGGCCCCAUGUCGAGCCCUUUGAUGAAGCCGUUCGUGGUGUUGGCACUUCCUGGCAUGUACCUCUUCUACAAGUACAACCAGUACAAGCGCCGCCGGAAGGAAAACGCCAAACGCCGGCUCACCGAACGCGAGCUGCAGCACCUCAACAACAAAAUUGAUAAGCUACUGAGCAAGCUGGAGGAGAGCGAACCCGAAAUGGCGAGUUGCCAGGAAGAAGAGUGUGUGAUUUGCAUCAACGCCAAAGCCACCAUGCAAACGGCCCCUUGCGGGCACCAGGUCGUCUGCAGGAAGUGCUUCGUGAAGACGAUUCAAAUCGCCGUCUCGCAGCGACUCCUUCCGUUGCGUUGCGUCAUCUGCCGAGCGAAAAUCCUGAGAUUAAAAACGGGCCCCAUCCUGCCCUCUUCGGCCAGUGGUUACUCGGUCAACUCCCGUUCCUCGUCGGUGCCCCAGUCCGACAGCUUGUACAGCGUCAGCAGCGGCGGCUCGUCCGUUUCUUCCACUUCUUGUUCUUCCGACGGUAGCAGGAAGUCUUCGGCGUGCUGCGGCGGCCGCUGCAUGGGGGCCUACCCCCGGCAGCCCGCCACCGGGGCCAUCAGGCGCUCGCAGCAGCACGCCAUGAAGAUAAGACUGCAGGAGUACUGCCAUCCGGAAAAGGGGAACAUUAACAGACUUCCCCCCAUAAGGGAGUUGCCCGGGCAAAGUCCCAGCCACAACACGCCCCCGGCUUCCACUAGGAUAAGAUGUGCCCAGAAGAUCGUGACCCAGCUGGAGUCGGUGCCGCUGUUGGGCAAGAGCCGAAACAAAUACGAGAAACUCCCGCAAGAGGACGUGGACGAGCAGGUGAAGAAGGAGAGGAAGUGGUGGUCUGACCGAAGCAUUAACGAGGAGAAAAUCGACAACAAAAAGAACGAAAUCACCGAGAAGCACAUGGAGAUGAAGGAAAAACAGAAACUCGAAGAUAAAAAGAAAACAAUAAAAGACGCAAGGCUAUAAAUUGAUUUUCCAAGAGGGCUCAAUUAGUCAAUUAGUUUAGUCAAUUGCGCUAUGUAAUCCACGGGAAAUCCUCGGAAAGUCGGUAGUACUAGACGAUGGUUGGUGUCACGGCCCUCUUAGCCUUCUCCCAGUCCCUCUUCUUGUUAAUCCUAGAUUUCGAAUACCGCUAUUUAAAACCGCUUGUGAAGGCCAAUUUUAAUAACGACUUGUAUAUCAGCCCGAUCCAAAUACUAUACGAUCAUUCUGUAUAUGAACAAAGUGGUCUCUACUAGAGUAGGCAAAUACAUAUCUAAUAAUGAAUUCGACGAAAUCAAAAUAUUUUUAACAAUAAUGGUCUAACGGUACAAAUAUCCACGCUCGUUUGUUUGUAUACAGACUGAGGAGUAAUUUCAAAUGUUGGCAAUAAUAUUGAAAUACAUAUUAGGAAUAUUGUACUUAGCGCUGGUUACGACCCUGUAUCAUAUAGAACUUUAAUUUUGUAAGAGUAGACGUGUUGUAUUGUUGUGGUUAGUACAUUUCAAAUAAAGUUGAAAAUUAA